AUGGCUGGGAUUCCCAAGGCCUCCUACUACGACCGAAAUUUACGGCAAGGGCCGGCCUUGCUCCGCGCCCGCCGACCAUAUCUUGUUAAGAAUGCCCUCACUGGACUUGGUCUUUUCGCCGUCGUCAGCGGAGUUUAUUGGUGGACGAUUACCGCGGUCGGUCAAGAUAACUUCGAAGACGUCAAGGUCCCCGAUGCGCCAGUACGGAAAGCGCAGUCAUAA